AUGGACUUCCUGUUCAAGGCUGAGAAGAGCACGCCCAGGAACAAAAAGGGGCCUCGCGACAGUAUCCGGAAAGGUGGAUCUGGCAUGGCGGCGGGCAUGUUUCUGGCCUACCGCGUGCCUCAGGAAAUAGUCAAGAUGCGUCUGUCCGAAGACCUCAUGACAGGAGGGGCCCCAGAACGUGACAUGACAUAUGGUACCGUCUGA